UGUGAAUUUCAGAAAUGUGAGAGAGCCAUCACACCUUCCUCACACCUAAAGCAAUGUGUAGCAGUUCAUACAGGAAAGAAAUCCAAAAAGACUAAGAAAUAUGGGAAAUCCGUCACUGGUUUUUCUCAAGUUUAUGCACAUGUGAAAACUCAUGAAGGAGAGAAGUCUUUUGAAUGCAAAGAAUGUGGAAGAUCCUUUAGAAAUUCCUCAUGCCUUAAUGAGCACAUUCAGAUUCACACUGGAAUAAAACCACACAAGUGUACAUACUUUAGGAAAGCCUUCACUAGAUCAACUCAACUUACUGAACAUGUAAGAACUCAUGGAAUAAAACCCUAUGAAUGUAAGGAAUGUGGCCAAGCCUUCGCUCAGUCCUCGGGCCUUUCUAUACACGUACGAAGUCACAGUGGAAAGAAACCCUAUCAGUGUGAGGAAUGUGGGAAAGCCUUCACUACAUCCACAAGCCUUAUUCAACAUACAAGAAUUCACACAGCAGAGAAGCAUUAUGAAUGUGUUGAAUGUGGGAAGACCUUCAUUACUUCUUCCCGUCGUAGUAAACAUUUGAAAACUCACAGUGGAGGAAAGCCCUUUGUAUGCAAGAUAGGUGAGAAAGCAUUUCUGUAUUCCUCACGCCUUAAUGUUCACCUGCGAACUCAUACUGGGGAGAAACCCUUCAUAUGUAAAGAAUGUGGGAAAGCAUUUGCUGUUUCCUCAUGCCUAAGCAGACAUGAAAAAAUUCACACUAGGGAGAAACCCUAUGAAUGUAAGGGUAUGAGUGUUAACAUUUAGCCCAUCAGUUGCCAUCUUUAAUUAUUGGCAAUGACACCAAAGAUUAUCAGAUUUGUCCUAAAUGCCUUGUGGAGGUUGUAAUGGCUCAUGGAUUGGCCUUAGA